UUAUUACAACAGUCAUUGAGAAAGUCCUUGAAGAAUUAGCUAGCCAGGAAGCUAACAGUCGGCCGGUUUUUAGCUCAGUAAACGUACCUUUUGAUUCGAGCUCUUUCUGUGCCCGGUAAUAAGCGUGUCCAAGACGUGAUGUCUGCAACGUUACGUGUGCUGUACUCCUUGUCGAGGCCUGGCGCGCUCUCAGCCAGCUCACGCCUGGCGCGUCCGUUCAGUCUGUCCGUCCAGAGGGUGGGGUACAAGUAUGUCAAUGCCCAGGAGCUGCCUACAGACAUGAAGUCCAUCACAGACCGAGCAGCGCAGACGCUGCUGUGGACCGAGCUCUUCAGAGGUUUGGGGAUGACCAUGAGUUACCUGUUCAGGGAACCUGCCACCAUUAACUACCCCUUUGAGAAGGGCCCACUCUCGCCCCGUUUCCGGGGGGAACACGCCCUGCGCAGGUACCCCUCUGGAGAGGAGCGCUGCAUCGCCUGCAAGUUGUGCGAAGCCAUCUGCCCCGCCCAGGCGAUCACGAUAGAGGCGGAGACUCGCGCUGACGGGAGUCGGCGGACGACGCGCUAUGACAUCGACAUGACCAAAUGCAUCUACUGCGGCUUCUGCCAGGAGGCCUGUCCUGUGGACGCCAUUGUAGAGGGUCCCAAUUUUGAGUUCUCCACAGAGACCCAUGAAGAGUUGCUGUACAACAAGGAGAAGCUUCUCAACAAUGGAGACAAGUGGGAGGCAGAGAUCGCUGCCAAUAUACAAGCCGACUACCUGUACAGAUAGACACACCGACCGACUGGCUCAGUGCCUGUGUGCUCCCUCCGAAACAGCACGCACAAACGCACACACACACACACACAUACACACACACACAUACACACACACACACACACACACACACACCCACAAACACAUGCGCACACGCACACACCCCCACACACACACACAGUCCAGACUCAUAACAGACUGCAGUGUCUGACUGUAGUCCAGCUGAUUAAAGGACUCUGUACAGAAACCCAUCUCCCACAGGGCCUCAGGCACUUCUGUUCAGUUGUUCAAAAACAUACACACACACAAACACACUAUUCCCAGGGCUGUAUAAACAUUAAAUAUGUCUUUGUGAAAAUUAAAUUAAAAUUCAUGUAAUACA